CCCGCCGCGCCGGACCGCCUCUGGUCCGACCUGCUGGGCCCGUGCGCUCGCGCCUCGGGCGCUCGGGGAGGAGGGAAGGGGUGCGGCUCGGGCCCCGGCGUCGGCUGCGGGCGGCCGCCUCAGGUAGCCGCGCCCCCCGCCCCCACACCGGGGCCGCCACCUCCCUAUAAGUGGCCCGCCGCGGUCGCCAGACCAUGGGGCGCGUCUGCAGUCUCCCGCCAUGGAGCCGGCCGAGAGGUUCCUGCUGGACAAGCUCGCCUACCUGCAGUGCGCCCUGGGCCUCCUGGGCUCCGUGCUGCUCCGGCUGCUGCGCUCCUGCUACGGGCGCUACGCGUCUCCGGGCUCCGCCUUUCGGGUGCCGGCGCGGGCUGCCUGGGCGCUGCAGGAGCUGCCCUCGCUCGCCGUGCCGCUGUGGGUGUGCACCGUCACGGCGGCCGAGCGCCUCCGCCGAGCCCCCAACCGCAUCCUUCUGGCCAUGUUCCUCGUCCACUACGCGCAACGGUCCUUGAUUUUCCCAUUCCUGAUCCGAGGCGGAAAGCCCAUGCCCUUGUACACGUUUGCAUUGGCCUUCAUGUUCUGUGGCUACAAUGGCUACUUGCAAAGCAGAUACCUGAGCCAGUAUGCCGUGUAUGCUGACGAUUGGGUCACAGAUCCCCGAUUUCUAGUAGGAUUCUGCCUGUGGUUAAUAGGCAUGCUGGUAAACAUCCAUUCAGACCACAUCCUGAGGAAUCUCCGGAGACCAGGGGAGACUGGGUAUAAGAUACCAAGGGGAGGCUUGUUUGAGUACGUGACGGCAGCCAACUACUUCGGGGAGGUGGUGGAGUGGAGCGGCUACGGCCUGGCCAGCUGGUCCGUCCAGGGCGGGGCCUUCGCACUCUUUACCGCCUGCGUCCUCUUCACCCGGGCCCAGCAGCAUCAACAGGUACACCGGGCAUUAGCUAACCGAGUCCACAACCAUGCAGACGUCCAGAGAAGAACCUGCUCUGAGAACCGCCAGGUGCACGUCAGCGUUGUCAUUGGCUGCACCCGAGUCUGAGCCCCUUCAGACGUUCGCAGCUGGAGCCCAUGGUCCCGUGAAGCUUCGGGCAGGGGACUCGUGGUCUGGCCAGGAGCACGCCAUUGGCAGGAUGCCGAGUGCCCACAGCUAGGCCCGGAGGCGCACACCAAGUGCGGAAGAAGCCCGGCUGGACCCUCACGCAGCCCCUGCACAUGAGUGCCCCGCACCCCUGCAGGCCUGCGGUCACUGUCUGGACUCACAGGCUGUGCGCACCGUCAAAAUCACAUUGUUUCCCAAGGCGAGGGGCCCUGGCCUGUGUCAGAUCCUCCAAACAGCCUGUGAUCUCGAAGACCAGUACAAACUUAUAAAAACCAAUCCAAGGCUGUCAAAGCUGAAGCGAACCUAGGGUAGCGCCCUCCCAGUCCGACGCAUGAAGGGACUGAGGCUCAGGGAGCAAAGUCCCAGCUUUUCAGAUGGGAGAGGUCUCGGGCCAUCCCCCGAGGCCACAGCAAUGAUGGAAACUGGGCAGGCGGCUCACGCCAGUGCCCAUGGGGAUCAUUUGUGUCCCCUGAGCUAAAAAGGGCGCUGCCCCCCUUCCCUGGCUGCAUUGCCCCAAACACAUUUCAUGAAGCUCUCCAAUGCCGCCCAUACUCUCGGAGGCACACAUAGACACAGAGCAUCAUCUGACUCCAUGGCGCCUGUCAUCUCUUGAAAUGGGGCAGAGAGAAGCCCCCAGAAGGACAGACUGAUGUCAUGGCAUCAUGGGACGCACGCAGACUUUUCAGAGUCAGAAUUCCUAGGUUUCUUUCUGGGCUCACCAUGUAUUUUAAGAUGCAGAAGAUUAUUACCAGAGACACUGCGGAGAACGGGCAGAGCUGGAAGGUCUCCUUAGCUAGGUUUUGUAGACCAUAUGCCAAAAGCCCAAGAUUAUUGAGAUCACAGGAGAAGAACCCUCCAGCGCUCCAUGCUCUGAGGUGCCCCACUCUGCUCCAGACAGUGGGGGAUCUGAGAGCUGGGACCUGUCCCUAUGCCAGAGCUGCGGAGGGGGACAGAGGUAAGGAAAGCUCACACCAAGAAAGGCUCAGGAAACAGGUUACAGCGUCAAAGGUGACAGGAAACGAAACGAUUUGCUAUGAUGGGUUGAAUUGCGUUCUCCCCCCACCCCCCAAAAAAGAUAUUGCAGUCUUGACCCUGCAAAUGUGACCUUAUUUGGCAAUAGGGGUCAUCGCCAUCGCAGAUGUAAUUAGUUAGGGAGGUCACACUAGAGUAAGCAAGCCUCUGACCCAGCAGGACUGGUGACUUUCUUAGGAGGGAAACUGCACACGUGCACACAAGGACGAGAAGACCACGUGCAGACACACACACAGAGACGGCCGUGUUAAGUGCGGAGGCAGACCGUGUAGUGACGCUGCCACACACCCCCGAGGCUGCCAGCAGCUGAGAGAGGCAGAGAAGGAGCCUCGCUGAGAGCUUAGGAGGCAGCACGGUCAGGCCCCUGACCCCCGGAACUGGGAGAGAAUAAAUUCCUGUCUCUUUGGAAGCCCCUAGCGUGUGGGCCUUUGUUGCAGAAGCCCCAGGAAGCCAAGACACUGGCCUUUGAGCCAUCCAGAAUCCGCUGGGCUGUAAGGAAAGACAAAGGCAACAUGUGUGAGUUCUGGAGCCCUGCGUUUCCUCCUACCAGAUGACACCAUGCCAGCCUGUCCCCAGAGCUCAUGCUGCUGCAGGAUGCGUCUGCCCAGGUGGGAACCAAGCCUUUUGGAGAAAAAAAUAACAGUGACAGCAAUACCAGUGCAUCUUGGUCCAGCCCAGCAGUCCUGUGUUCCUGGGGACCCCUCCUGCCCCCAUUCCUCCCUUCCAUCCACUCUUCCCUCCUCCUUCCCAGGCAGGGCCUCCCCACCAAGACCGCCUUCCCAUCGAUCACAUCGCCUCUGAGGAACAAGCUACUCUUGUGCAUUAGUUCCGUGAGGGAGUAGGAAGCAGAUGUUGGCUGGUUUCUAGUAAUGGAGAAACGAGACGGUACUGGUAGCUGAGAAGUUGGAUCACAGGAAGAUUGAACAAGAGCUGAGUCGGUGGUAAAGACGCUUCCUCAAAUGAGCAUGGGAAAGUCUCUCUUGACAUUUGAGUAGGAGAUAUUCAAAUUUCUAAUGGGAAAUAUUCAAAUUCUAUCAUUGGAACAGGAAAUAGAAAUAAAUAAUUUCAUUUUGAAAUUUGAAUUUGAAUGAACGUCUCUGUUAAUAAAAAGCCAAAGGUAUUCUUUGCAGAAAGCUUCACGAGUUGAAAGGAUUCUUUUUCACUCAUUUGCUAUUUAUACUGAUGUCACUGCAAAACCAAUUUUAAUUGCUGGAAAUUUAAUGAAUUCAGCUUAGUGGAAGUAUGUUCAGAAAUGUUGAUUUACCAGCUGAGGACAAAGGAAAAGCUAUCUUUUUUUUUUUUUUUUUAAACUAAUCCCACAAACCCAGCUGAUUACAGAAAA